AACUUCCUAUUGGGUUACGGGCUUUUGAGAGGAAGGGUAAAUGGAGACUUGUGUUUGACCGGCGCUGUACUUUAAGAUCAUUAUGGCUUUGCCAUUAAUAAUGCUUUCAAAGAUGGCAUUAGUAGCACACUGCAGGUCUUUCAGUGUGUCAGCAGCAGUGGCAGCUCUUCAGAAAUUAACGAGAGUAAGGGUGGUUGACAACAGCAGUCUUGGAAACACUCCCUAUCACCGUCCUCCUAAAGUUAUUCAUGUAUACACUAAAAAUAGAGUGGGAAAAGUGGGUGACACUGUCUUACUGGCUAUUAAAGGACAGAAAAAGAAAGCACUGAUUGUGGGACACAAGAUGCCUGGAGCACGAAUGACACCUCGCUUUGAUUCAAACAAUGUUGUUUUGAUUGAAGAAAAUGGAAAUCCCACAGGGACAAGGAUUAAAGCUCCCAUUCCUACACAUCUGCGCAAACUGGAGGGGGAUUAUUCUAAAUUACUAGCAAUUGCACAGCGCUUUGUUUAGGCUGUGUAUUCUUGUGUAAUUGAAAGGACUCUAGCCCUGGAUAACAAUUUAUGCUACUGUAGUGGCUUAAAGUAUUUGUAAUUAAACAAAGAAAAACACUUUGA